UUCCUUUCAAGGUAAAACGGCGCAGAAAAAAGCAGGUCCGUCAAAAGUCCGGUUCCUUCACGAAGAGCUAGGGUUUUCUUCUAAGAGAGAAGAAAGAUGGAGGAUGACUAUUGGAAUAAUCAACCGCAACUUUCUGAAUCUGCUGGAUCGAUCAAUCAACCACAACUUUCUCAAGCUGUUGGAUUGCUCAAUCAACCGCAUCUUGAAUAUGUAGCAGAAACUCCACAAUCUGGGAUGCCAUCAGCUCAAGUAGUGGAUCCACAAUCAAUUGGACAGUCAAUCUUAUUAGCCUAUCAACGUUAUCUCCACACUGUGGUAAUCUCUGAAGCUGAAAAUGCUCCUACAUUUUUCUGUGGACCUGAGCUAGCUACAGCAGGGGGUAGUGGUAGUACUAUACCUGAUCCCCGUCCAUCACCUGCCCUUCGUGAUCCCCGCCCAUCACCUGCUCUUCGUGAUCCCCGUCCAUCACCUGCUCUUCGUGAUCCCCGUCCAUCACCUGCUCUUGGUGAUCCCCGUCCAUCACCAGCCCUUCGUGAUCCCCGUCCAUCACCUGCUCUUGGUGAUCCCCGUCCAUCACCAGCCCUUCGUGAUCCCCGUCCAUCACCUGAUCUUCGUGAUCCCCGUCCAUCACCAGCCCUUCGUGAUCCCCGUCCAUCACCUGCUCUUCGUGAUCCCCGUCCACCACCUGCUCUUCGUGAUCCCCGUCCAUCACCUGCCCUUCGUGAUCCCCGUCCAUCAGCUCGUGGAAAAGAGCUAGCUAUAGCAGGUGGUAGCAUACCUUCCCUUGGUGUUAGUGUUGGGCCAGAGCUAUCUAAGUCAGGUGGUAGUAUACCUUCCCUUGGUGUUGGUGGUGGGCCAGAGCUAUCUAAAGCAGGUGGUAGUAUACCUUCCCUUGGUGUUGGUGGUGGGCCAGAGCUAUCUAAAGCAGGUGGUAGUAUACCUGCCCUUGGUGUUGGUGGUGGGCCAGAGCUAGCUAGAGCAGGUGGUAGUAUACCUGCCCUUGGUGUUCGUCGUGGACCAGAUGGAAGGCGGAGGUCUCAUGAAACACUAUCUCUACCUCCUGAUGCUUCUAGCACCCUCUACAUAGAGGGACUUCCUUCAGACUGCAUCAGAAGAGAAGCAGCACAUAUCUUUCGUCGUUUUACAGGCUACAAAGAAUUGAGACUUGUUAAAAGGGACUCAAAAUAUCCUGCUAAACAUCCUCUUAUUCUUGGGUUUGUGGAUUUUGAAAAUCCAACAUAUGCUGCUACUGCUUUGAGGGCAUUGCAAGGUUACAUAAUGGACGAACAUGACAACCAUUCUCCUUACUUGAGGUUGCAGUUCUCCAAGUUUCCAGGCAGGAGACUUACUGGUCGUGGGAAGCGAUAGAUAAUAUCGAUUCAAGUACUGCUCUGUUUGAAUUUAGUUAUGUAUUAUCUACUGUUACUGAAAACUGCAAUUGUACAAUUGGCUCAACAAUGGUGCUACUAGCCAUUCUAUUGGUUUUUGAAGCGGAGUUUUCCGCUUCAACAACCUGUGAAACUUAGUUUCUCAGACUUGAAUUUUAUCUUAUUCUAAAACAUGGAUUAUGUGAUGAUCAAGUUUACUUUU